GACUGACGUGAUAUGAUUGUGAAAUGCGUUUAUAAAUAUGAGGAAAAGAUAAGGAAAAUGUUCGGAAUACCACGUUUGUACAUUUUCUCUAUUUUGUUGGGACUGGCGUGGAGUUGUACUGACGGCUGGGUAAAACACGGCAACUUCUGCUUCCUCUUCAGCCAUAACAAAGUCCACUGGGCCGAGGCAGCGGAAAUAUGCCGUUCCUUUGACUCUUUUCUGGCUGAACCAGUCUCUCACGACAUCGACAGUUUUAUAGUGGCAAAGACUCGUGUCACCAGCCCUAAGAGGAUAUACUGGCUGGGUGGCUCCGACUUGCAGGAGGAGGGGACGUUUGUAUGGACGUCCCUGGGGCAGCCUCUCUCCUACACAAACUGGAUCCCUGGGGACCCCAACAAUGCUAACGCGGGAGAGGACUGUGUAAUCGCCAACUGGCUGGGGGACGGGCGCUGGGCAGACGCCGAAUGCGAGUGGGUGGAGUAUUACAUCUGUCAGAAAGAGAGUGAUGAUGAGACAACGAUUAUCGGAUGAAAUAAACAUACAUGUCAAACAAAUAUUUGUACAUGUUUUUAAUUC